GAAAAUGUUUGUAAAGCGCAGAAAGGUGGCCAACUUUAACAAUAACUCUUUCCUGGGCAAUUCCAACUACGAAAAUGGAGCUGCGAUAAAGGCAAAGACGCGCUGCGGCAAGCAUAAGGACUGUGCCGGUAAUGUUUCCGCCGAGUGUCUGCAGGUGGCGACGAACGUUACAGAACAGAAGCACAAUGUGUCGCGUGAAGUACGAGGCCAAAAUCUUGGCCUGUGUCGUGGUUUCCGCGGUUGUACCGUGUGGCUGACGGGGCUGAGCGGUGCGGGCAAGACGUCGAUCGCGUUCGAACUAGAAGCGUAUCUCGUCUCGAAAGGCAUCCCGGCGUACGGACUCGAUGGGGACAACAUUCGCACCGGGUUGAACAAAAACCUAGGCUUCUCGCAGCUGGAUCGGGAGGAGAACAUACGGCGUGUGGCCGAGGUGGCGAAACUGUUUGCCGACAGUGGUGUCGUGUCGAUCUGUAGCUUCGUUUCGCCAUUUGCCGAGGAUCGCGAGAUGGCGCGCAAGAUCCACAAGGACGCGGAUUUGAAGUUCUUCGAGAUCUACAUCGACACUCCGCUGGAGGUUUGUGAAACGCGCGACACUAAGGGUCUGUAUAAGAAGGCACGUCAGGGUGUGAUCCAGGGUUUUACGGGUGUGACGCAAGCGUACGAAGCACCGGACACACCGGAUCUGCGCGUCAGCACCGAGGGAGUGACGGUUCGCGAAUCGACGCUAAAAUUGAUCCGGCUGCUGGAGGACGAAGCGAUCAUACCGAAGUUUAUCAAGGAGGACGAACCACUGCCGGAGCUGUACGUGUCCGAGAGUUUGAAGGCGGCCCUCGAGGCAGAAUCGAAAACGUUGCCCUCGCUGUCUAUUACCGAGGUGGAGCUGCAGUGGCUGCAGAUACUGGCCGAAGGAUGGGCCUCUCCGUUGAAAGGGUUCAUGCGCGAACAGGAAUACCUGCAGGCGCUACACUUCAACUGUCUGCUGAACGAGGACGAAACACUGCGCGUCAAUCAAUCCGUCCCGAUAGUGCUGUCGGCGACCGAGUCCGAUAAGCAGCGUCUGGAAGGGGUCAGCGCACUUGCACUGCACUACGAUGGGCGCGUGGUGGCGGUUCUGCGUAAGCCGGAGUUUUACUUCCAACGCAAGGAGGAACGAUGUGCCCGUCAGUUCGGUACGACUAACCGCGAUCAUCCGUACAUCAAGAUGAUCUACGAAUCGGGCGAUUAUCUGGUGGGUGGUGAGAUCGAGGUGUUGGAGCGCAUCCAGUGGCAUGAUGGACUGGACGCUUAUCGGCUAACCCCGAACGAGCUGCGGCAGAAGUUCCGUGAGAUUAAGGCGGACGCCGUGUUUGCCUUCCAGCUGCGCAAUCCCAUCCACAAUGGGCAUGCACUGCUGAUGAGUGAUUGUCGCCGGCAGCUGUUGGAACGGGGAUUCAAGAAUCCGGUACUGCUGCUACAUCCGCUGGGAGGAUGGACGAAGGAUGAUGAUGUACCGCUGCCGGUACGAAUGGCACAGCAUCAGGCGGUGCUGGAUUCGGGCGUGCUCGAUCGCGACCAUACCGUGCUGGCCAUUUUCCCUUCGCCCAUGAUGUAUGCCGGACCGACGGAAGUACAGUGGCAUGCAAAGGCUCGAAUGAAUGCGGGUGCUAAUCACUACAUCGUGGGACGAGAUCCGGCCGGUAUGCCUCACCCGGACAAGACACUCUAUCCCGAUGGCAAUCUGUACGAUGGCACGCACGGAUCGCGAGUUCUCAAGAUGGCGCCCGGAUUGGACAGUAUAGAGAUUCUUCCGUUCCGUGUGGCAGCGUACGACAAAUCCUGCUCCAAGAUGGCUUUCUUCGAUCCGGCCCGCAAGCAGGACUUUGAUUUCAUUUCCGGCACCCGCAUGCGAACACUGGCGCGGAACGGAGAAAAUCCACCGAACGGAUUCAUGGAACCGAAAGCGUGGCAAAUACUGGCCGAAUACUAUCAAUCGCUGCAAAAGUCACAGUAAUU